AUGACCAUCACGCCGGACGUGCGCUUCGAGUACCUGGAGGGCAUCGCCGCCCUGCUCCUCCGGUUCAAGCCCGACAAGUGGGGCAAGCUGCUGGGGGCCGAGGAGAACCUGGCGCUCUUCACCGAGUUCUUCGACAAGCCCGACGUGCUGGUGCUGGUGCUGACGCUCAACACGGCCGGCAUGAUCGUGCCCUGCCUGGGCUUCCCCGCCGCCCUCAAGACCAAGGGCGCCUACUUCAUCAAGAAGAAGCCGGAGAACAUCAGCAAGACCAACAUCAAGGAGUCGCUCAUCUACGGGGACAUCAGCCCGGCCCCCGUGGACCAGCUCAUCGCCGUGGUGGAGGAGGNCUUGGCAGAAAAAGUGAACCAGAGCGAGAACAUGAGCGGGUGGCCCCGCGUGGUCUCGGAGGAUCUGGUGAAGCAGGUGCACCGGCUCAAGAACGAGAUGUUCGUGAUGGGGGGCAAGAUCCGGGGCAAGACGCUGCUGCCCAUCCCCGAGCACCUGGGGAGCCUGGACGGCACGCUGGAGUCCAUGGAGAGGCUCCCCUUGCUGGACAGCAGCCUGUUGCACGCCAUCGAGACCAUCGUCAUCGACUGGUCCCACCAGAUCCGGGACGUGCUGAGCAAAGACUCGGCCCAGGCCCUGCUGGACGGGCUGAACCCGCUGCCCCGGGUCGAGUUCGAGUUCUGGGACACCCGGCUGAUGAACCUCCAGUGCAUCCAUGAGCAGCUGAACCGGCCCAAAGUGAACAGAAUCGUUGAGAUCCUGGAAAAAGCCCAAAGCUGCUACUGGCCAGCCCUGCAGAACGUGUACUUGAACGUCACUGACGGGCUGAAGGAGGCCAACGACAUUGUCCUGCACCUGAAGCCUCUGCGGAUCUUGCUGGAGGAGAUGGAGCAGGCGGACUUCACGGUGCUCCCGACCUUCAUCGCCAAGGUGCUGUACACCAUCUGCCUCAUCUGGGCCAACUCCAAGCACUACAACACGCCCUCCAGGGUCAUCGUCAUCCUGCAGGAGUUCUGCAACCAGGUCAUGGACAUGACGCGGACCUACCUGGGCCCCGACGAGGUGCUGAAAGGCCUGCAGGGUGAGAUCGAGGAGGUGCUGAACGGCAUCUCCCUGUCGGUGUCCGUGCUCAAGGGGCUGUACCGCACCUACCAGUUCUGCUGCACCAACAUGAAGCUCUUCUUCAAGGUGCCNNNGGAAUUCCCGUCUUCUCUCGCGUUUUCCAGAAUGAAUUCUUUCUUCCGUCGCAUCCAGACCAUUGAGGACCUUUACAAAACGGCCAUCGAGUUCCUGAAGCUGGAGAAGAUCGAGCUGGGCGGCGUGCGCGGCAGCAUCCUGGGCAGCCUGGUCGUGCAGAUCCACGAGGAGGUCUUCGAGCUGGUGAAGGUCUUCAUCGACUGCAAAUACGACCCCUUGGACCCCGGAGACUCGAGUUUCGAUAACGAUUACGCUGAUUUUGAGACCAAAAUUCAAGACCUGGACAGGAGGCUGGCCACCAUCUUCUGCCAAGCCUUUGACGACAGCAACUUCAUCGAGUCCUGCGCGAAGCGGCUCCACCUCGCCAGUGGCUGCGCGGAGAGGCCGCUGAUCCUGGCCGAGGUGGUGCCCCGCUACUCCGUCAUGCUGGAGCUGUUCGACGCCGAGCUGGACAACACCAAGAUCCUGUACGACGCCCAGAUCGCGGCCACGGCCGCGGGGGACAUCCCCCCGAUCCACCGCAACAUGCCCCCCGUGGCCGGGCAGCUCAAGUGGAGCCUGGAGCUGCAGGAGCGCCUGGAGGUGGUCAUGUCCAGCACGGAGGCCAAGCUCAUCUACCAGAAGUACGACGAGAUGAUGGAGCUGCUGCGCAGCUACCGCGAGCGCAUCUACCAGCAGUGGGUGUCGCGCGUGGACGAGGACUGCCUCUUCAACCUGGGGCAGCCGCUCCUGCAGCGCGACGCCUCGCGCCUCAUCCGCGUCAACUUCAGCAAAGCGCUGGUGGCAGUGCUGAGAGAAGUCAAGUACCUGAACUUCCAGCAACAGAAGGAGAUCCCGCGCAGCGCCGAGACCCUGUUCUCGCAGUACGAGACCUUCCGGAAGUUCGUGGGCAACUUGGAGCUCAUCGUCGGCUGGUACAACGAGAUAAAGACCACGGUGAUGGAAGUGGAGUUCCCCCUCAUCAAGGCAGAGCUGGAAGGGAUCGACGUCAAACUGCUGACUGCCGAGACCACGCUGUUCUGGAACGGCGAAGGCGUCCUCGCGUACAUCCAGGAGAUGCGAGAGAUUCUGCACAACCUGCAGACCAGGAUACAGAAAGCCAAGCAAAACAUAGAGGGGAUCGCCCAGGCCAUGAAGGACUGGUCGGCCAACCCACUGUUCGAAAGGAAGGACAACAAGAAGGAGGCCCUGCUGGACCUGGACGGGCGGCUGACCAACCUGAACAAGCGCUACACGGCGGUCAAGGAGGCGGGGAUCAAGAUCCAGGCCAUGGUGGCGGUGAGGCCCAGGGACGCGAGGGCUGGGGUUCCCAUAGCAACGUCCUGGAAGGACUACGUCGUCUACAUCGACGGCAUGGUCUUGGACGCGUUUGACAACUUCAUCCGCAUGUCGCUCAGCUACCUCAUCAACAACAUGGUUCUGGACGAGAGCGUGGCGCCGCUGUUCGAGAUCCACAUGGAGCUGAGCGAGGACGGGCUGGUGUUCUCGCCGUCGCUGGAGGUGGGCGACGACAGAGGCUUCCUGGCGCUCAUCGAGAGCAUCAUCAACGACAUCUACAACGUGGCCAAGCUCAUCCCCCGCCUGGCCAGGGGCCGGCUCAACUACAAGGUGGACCUGGAGGACACGGCGGAUCUGAUGGAGAUGCGCGAGGAGAUGUCCAACCUGGUGAUGGGCGCCAUGAAGGAGGCCGAGGAGUUCCAGGACUCGUUCGAGCGCUACUCCUACCUGUGGGUGGACGACCUGCAGGAGUCCAUGAAGAACUUCCUCACCUACGGCCGCGUCAUCACCCUGGAGGACCUGGACCUGCGGCCCGAGGAGCUGGUCACCAAGUCGCCGCCCACCCUCACGCAGUUCCAGCAGCAGAUCGACUCGUACGAGCGGCUGUAUGAGGAGGUGUCGCGGUGCGAGAACACGCAGGUGUUCAGCGGGUGGCUGCAGUGCGACUGCCGGCCCUUCAAGCAGGCGCUGCUCAACACCAUCAAGCGCUGGAGCUUCAUGUUCAAGCGCCACCUGAGCAACCACGUGGUCAGCAGCCUCGGUGACCUGGAGGUCUUCAUGAAAGCCGCCAGGGCCGGCCUGAAGACGCCGGUCAGGGAAGGGGACUACGACGGCCUGGUGGAGGUGAUGGGGCACCUGAUGAAGGUGAAGGAGCGGCAGGUGGCCACCGACAACAUGUUCGAGCCCCUGAAGCAAACCAUCGAGCUGCUCAGGACGUACGGGGAGGAGAUGCCGGAGGAGAUCCACGUGAAGCUGCAGGUGCUGAAGGUGCUGGACAGCACCUGGUCCACCAUGGUGUUCGAGCACGAGCCGCACCCGCGGACGGGCACCAUGAUGCUCCGCACGAACGAGGUGCUGGUGGAGACGCUGGAGGACAACCAGGUGCAGCUGCAGAACCUGAUGAUGUCCAAGUACCUGUCGCACUUCCUGAACGAGGUGACGAGCUGGCAGCAGAAGCUGUCCACGGCGGACUCGGUCAUCUCCAUCUGGUUCGAGGUGCAGCGGACCUGGAGCCACCUGGAGAGCAUCUUCGUGGGCUCGGAGGACAUCCGCACCCAGCUGCCCGAGGAGUCCCACAGCCGGCCACUCCAGAAACCGCCCGGGGCCCGGCCGUGGCACCAAGACCGGAGACUCGCUGUGGACCCUGCCUUUUACCUCCUGGGCCUCGAUUUCCUCAUCCGGAAAGUGAGCCGCCACCUGGCCAAGCUCUUCGACAGCCUGUGCAAACUGAAGUUCCGGCUGGACGAGAACCAGAAGCCGCUCAAGAUCGGGCUGGGCAUGUACAGCAAGGAGGAUGAGUACAUGGACUUCGACCAGGAGUGCGACCUCUCUGGGCAGGUGGAGGUGUGGCUGAACCGCGUGCUGGACCGCAUGUGCGCCACGCUCCGACACGAGAUCCCGGAGGCCGUGGUGACCUACGAGGAGAAGCCCCGGGAGCAGUGGAUCUUCGACUACGCGGCCCAGGCCCAGACGUCCUGCAGGGGCUGGAAGGGCCAGGCAUUGGGUCUGGGGGGGCCGCGGUGCUACAUCACCCUGACCCAGUCCCUCCACCUGAUCAUGGGGGGCGCCCCUGCGGGCCCGGCCGGGACAGGCAAGACAGAGACCACGAAGGACCUGGGCCGGGCGCUGGGCACCAUGGUGUACGUCUUCAACUGCUCCGAGCAGAUGGACUACAAGUCCUGCGGCAACAUCUACAAGGGCCUGGCCCAGACCGGGGCCUGGGGCUGCUUCGACGAGUUCAACCGCAUCUCCGUGGAGGUCCUGUCUGUGAUCGCCGUGCAGGUCAAGUGCGUCCAGGAUGCCAUUCGGGCCAAGAAGAAGACCUUCAACUUCCUGGGGGAGAUGAUCGGCCUCAUCCCCACCGUCGGCAUCUUCAUCACCAUGAACCCCGGGUACGCGGGGCGCACGGAGCUGCCGGAGAACUUGAAGGCCUUGUUCAGGCCCUGCGCGAUGGUGGUGCCCGACUUCGAGCUGAUCUGCGAGAUCAUGCUGGUGGCCGAGGGCUUCCUGGAGGCCCGCCUCCUGGCCAGGAAGUUCAUCACGCUCUACACGCUGUGCAAGGAGCUGCUCUCCAAGCAGAUCAUCAAGCAGAGCAUCGUGGAGCUGAAGCUGCAGGCGGAGGACAGCUUCGUGCUGAAGGUGGUGCAGCUGGAGGAGCUGCUGCAAGUGCGCCACUCGGUGUUCGUCAUCGGGAACGCGGGCAGCGGCCUCCGCCAGGUGCUCAAGUCCCUCAACAAGACCUACCAGAACCUGAAGAGGAAGCCGGUGGCCGUGGACCUGGACCCCAAGGCCGUCACCUGCGACGAGCUCUUCGGCGUCAUCAACCCGGCGACCAGGGAGUGGAAAGACGGCCUCUUCUCGACCAUCAUGCGGGACCUGGCCAACAUCACCCACGAAGGCCCCAAGUGGAUCAUCCUGGACGGGGACAUCGACCCCAUGUGGAUCGAGUCUCUCAACACCGUCAUGGACGACAACAAGGUCCUCACCCUGGCCAGCAACGAGCGGAUCCCCCUGAACCGCACCAUGAGGCUGCUGUUCGAGAUCAGCCACCUGCGGACUGCCACGCCGGCCACCGUCUCCAGAGCCGGCAUUCUCUACAUCAACCCUGCCGACCUGGGCUGGAACCCGUGAGAAGUCUAUUGGCUCAAUUCGCCAGGGCAGAGGCGCAAGGUGCAGUCGGAGAAGGCCAACCUGAUGAUCCUCUUCGACAAGUACCUGCCCAUGUGCCUGGACAAGCUGCGCUUCGGCUUCAAGAGGAUCACGCCGGUGCCCGAGAUCACGGUGAUCCAGACCAUCCUGUACCUGCUCGAGUGCCUGCUCACCGAGCGCAACACGCCGCCCGACUCGCCCAAGGAGCUGUACGAGCUCUACUUCGUGUUCGCCUGCUUCUGGGCCUUCGGGGGGGUCCUGGAGAAGCCGCUGGAGAAGAAGUCGGGCAGGAACUACGGGCCGCCCGGGACCAAGAAGCUCAUCUACUUCAUCGACGACAUGAACAUGCCCGAGGUGGACAAGUACGGCACGGUGGCCCCGCACACCCUCAUCCGCCAGCACAUGGACCACGGGCACUGGUACGACAGGCAGAAGCUGACGCUGAAGGACAUCCACAACUGCCAGUACGUGGCCUGCAUGAACCCCACCUCCGGCUCCUUCACCAUCGACCCCCGACUCCAGCGCCAUUUCUGCGUGUUUGCCGUGAGCUUCCCCGGCCAGGAGGCCCUCACGACCAUCUACAACACGAUCCUGUCCCAGCACCUGACCUAUCGCUCGGCCCCCCUGGUGGUGCAGCGGAUGAGCGGGCAGCUGGUGGCCUCGGCCCUGGCCCUGCACCAGAAGGUCACAGCCACCUUCCUUCCCACGGCCAUCAAGUUCCACUACAUCUUCAACCUCAGGGACCUCUCCAGCAUCUUCCAGGUACCGCUCCGCGGCGCCGAGCCCCGACCCGUAGACACGCUCCUCCUCUGCGGCUCGCGGGAGAGAGAGCCCAGUGACCUGUGGACUGGGGACAGGGAUGGUGAUGGCGACGCGAUGGUGAUGAUGAUGGUGACGAAGCGCCUUGUCUCUCACCUGCAGGAACUCGGUGACGAGCUUUUAUUUGCGAAACCGAAUAUCUUCAGCCACUUCGCUCACGGGAUCGGCGACCCCAAGUACCUCCCCGUGACCGACAUGGCCCAUCUGAACAAGCUGCUCGUGGACGUGCUGGACAGCUACAACGAGGUCAACGCGGUCAUGAACUUGAACGUGCCGUCCGUGUUCCUGAUGACGGACUCCCAGGUGGCCGAGGAGCAGUUCCUGGUGCUGAUCAACGACUUGCUGGCCUCGGGCGAGAUCCCGGGGCUGUUCGCCGACGACGACCUGGAGAACAUCAUCACGUCCAUGCGGCCGCAGGUCAAGGCGCUCGGGCUGACCGACACCCGGGAGCUGUGCUGGAAGUUCUUCAUUGAAAGGGUCCGCCGGCAGCUCAAGGUGAUCCUGUGUUUCUCCCCCGUGGGCUCCGUCCUGCGGGUCCGGGCCCGGAAGUUCCCCGCUGUGGUCAACUGCACGGCCAUCGACUGGUUCCACGAGUGGCCGGAGGACGCCCUGGUGUCGGUCAGCGCCCGCUUCCUGAGGAAGACGGAAGGCAUUUUGCCGGAAGUCAAGGCCUCCAUCAGCCUGUUCAUGGCCUACGUGCACACCACGGUCAACGAGAUGUCCAAGGUGUACCUGGCCACCGAGCGGCGCUACAACUACACCACGCCCAAGACCUUCCUGGAGCAGAUCAAGCUGUACCAGAGCCUGCUGGCCAAGAAGCGGGCCGAGCUGGUGGCCAAGAUCGAGCGGCUGGAGAACGGGCUGAUGAAGCUGCAGAGCACAGCCUCUCAGGUGGACGACCUGAAGGCCAAGCUGGCCAUCCAGGAGGCGGAGCUGGUGCAGAAGAAUGAGAACGCGGACAAGCUGAUCCACGUGGUGGGUGUGGAGACGGAGAAGGUCAGCAAGGAGAAGGCCAUCGCCGACGAGGAGGAGGUCAAGGUGGAGGUCAUCAACAAGAACGUCACUGAGAAGCAAAAGGCUUGUGAAACGGACCUGGCCAAGGCGGAGCCGGCCCUGCUGGCCGCGCAGGAGGCUCUGGACACACUGAACAAGAACAACCUGACGGAGCUGAAGUCCUUCGGGUCCCCGCCGGACGCCGUGGUCAACGUCACGGCCGCCGUGAUGAUCCUGACCGCGCCCGGGGGCAAGAUCCCCAAGGACAAGAGCUGGAAGGCGGCGAAAAUCAUGAUGGGCAAAGUGGACACGUUCCUGGACUCCCUCAAGAGGUUCGACAAGGAGCACAUCCCCGAGGCCUGCCUCAAAGCCUUCAAGCCCUACCAAGGCAACCCGACCUUCGACCCCGAGUUCAUCCGCUCCAAGUCCACGGCGGCCGCGGGGCUGUGCUCCUGGUGCAUCAACAUCGUGCGCUUCUACGAGGUGUACUGUGACGUGGCGCCCAAGCGGCAGGCGCUGGAGGAGGCCAACGCCGAGCUGGCCGAGGCCCAGGACAAGCUGUCGCGGAUCAAGAACAAGAUCGCCGUGAGUGCCCGCGCCGGCCCCUGCCCGGACCUGGGUCCCCUCAGGCUGGUGGGAGGCCUGGCGUCCGAGAACGUCCGCUGGGCGGAGUCGGUGCAGAACUUCAGGUCCCAGGGGGUCACGCUGUGCGGGGACGUGCUGCUCAUCUCGGCCUUCGUCUCCUACGUGGGCUACUUCACCAAGAAGUACCGGAACGAGCUGAUGGACAAGUUCUGGGUCCCCUACAUCAACAAGUUAAAGGUCCCCAUCCCCAUCACGGAGGGUCUGGACCCCUUGAGCCUGCUCACCGACGACGCGGGUGUGGCCACGUGGAACAACCAGGGGCUCCCCAGCGACCGCAUGUCCACGGAGAACGCCACCAUCCUGUGCAACACGGAGCGCUGGCCGCUCAUCGUGGACGCCCAGCUGCAGGGCAUCAAGUGGAUCAGGAACAAGUUCGGCAGCGAUCUGAAGGCCAUCCGCCUGGGGCAGAAGAGCCUAAGACCCCUGGGGAAGGACGGCCGGGCGUGUAACAUCGGCGAGACCGUGGACCCCGUGCUGGACCCGCUCCUGGGCAGGAACACGAUUAAAAAGGGAAGGUACAUCAAGAUCGGCGACAAGGAGGUGGAGUACCACCCGCAGUUCCGCCUCAUCCUGCACACCAAGUACUUCAACCCCCACUACAAGCCCGAGAUGCAGGCCCAGUGCACGCUCAUCAACUUCCUGGUCACCCGGGACGGCCUGGAGGACCAGCUGCUGGCCGCCGUGGUGGCCAAAGAGCGCCCGGACCUGGAGCAGCUGAAGGCGAACCUCACCAAGUCCCAGAACGAGUUUAAGAUCAUCCUGAAGGAGCUGGAGGACUCGCUGCUGGCCCGCCUGUCGGCCGCCUCGGGCAACUUCCUGGGCGACACGGCGCUGGUGGAGAACCUGGAGACGACGAAGCACACGGCCAGCGAGAUCGAGGAGAAGGUGAGCCGGGCCGUUUGGCUUCAGGUGCUAGAGGCAAAAAUCACAGAAGUGAAGAUCAAUGAGGCGCGAGAGAACUACCGGCCGGCGGCCGAGCGGGCGUCCCUGCUGUACUUCAUCCUCAACGACCUCAACAAGAUCAGCCCCAUCUACCAGUUCUCCCUCAAGCCCCCUCCCCAGGCCUUCAACGUGGUCUUCGAGAAGGCCAUCCAGCGGACGGCGCCCGCCGACGAGGUGCGCCAGCGGGUGAUAAACCUGACAGACGAGAUCACCUACUCCAUCUACGUGUACACGGCCCGCGGGCUCUUCGAGCGCGACAAGCUCAUCUUCCUGGCCCAGGUCACCUUCCAGGUCUUGUCCAUGAAGAAGGAGCUGAACCCGGUGGAGCUGGACUUCCUCCUGCGGUUCCCAUUCAAGGCCGGGUUGGUGUCGCCCGUGGACUUCCUGCAGAACCAGGGGUGGGGCGGCAUCAAGGCCCUCUCGGACAUGGACGAGUUCAAGAACCUGGACAACGACAUCGAGGGGUCGGCCAAGCGCUGGAAGAAGCUGGUGGAGUCGGAGGCGCCCGAGAAGGAGGUCUUCCCCAAGGAGUGGAAGAACAAGUCGUCGCUGCAGAAGCUGUGCAUGGUGCGCUGCAUGCGGCCCGACCGCAUGACCUACGCCGUCAAGAACUUCGUGGAGGAGAAGAUGGGCAGCAAGUUCGUGGAGGGCCGGAGCGUCGAGUUCUCCAAGUCCUACGAGGAGAGCAGCCCCUCCACCCCCAUCUUCUUCAUCCUCUCCCCGGGGGUCGACCCCCUGAAGGACGUGGAAGCCCUGGGGAAGAAGCUGGGGUUCACCAUCGACAACGGGAAGCUCCACAACGUGUCGCUGGGGCAGGGGCAGGAGGUGGUGGCCGAGCACGCCCUGGACGUGGCUGCGGAGAUGGGGCACUGGGUCAUCCUGCAGAACAUCCACCUGGUGGCCCGGUGGCUGAGCACCCUGGACAAGAAGCUGGAGCGGUACAGCGUCGGCAGCCACGAGGACUACCGCGUGUUCAUCAGCGCCGAGCCCGCGCCCAGCCCCGACUCCCACAUCAUCCCCCAGGGCAUCCUGGAGAACGCCAUCAAGAUCACCAACGAGCCGCCCACGGGCAUGCAUGCCAACCUGCACAAGGCCCUGGACCUCUUCACCCAGGACACCCUGGAGAUGUGCACCAAGGAGAUGGAGUUCAAGUGCAUCCUGUUCGCCCUCUGCUACUUCCACGCCGUGGUGGCCGAGAGGCGCAAGUUUGGGGCCCAGGGCUGGAACAGGUCGUACCCCUUCAACAACGGGGACCUCACCAUCUCCAUCAACGUGCUGUACAACUACCUGGAGGCCAACCCCAAGGUGCCCUGGGACGACCUCCGCUACCUGUUUGGGGAGAUCAUGUACGGCGGACACAUCACGGACGACUGGGACCGCCGGCUGUGCAAGACCUACCUGGUGGAGUACAUCCGGGCCGAGAUGCUGGAGGGCGAGAUCCAGCUGGCCCCCGGCUUCCAGAUCCCCCCCAACCUGGACUACAAGGGUUACCACGAAUAUAUCAACGAGAACCUGCCCCCCGAGAGCCCCUACCUGUACGGCCUGCACCCCAACGCGGAGAUCGGCUUCCUGACGGUCACCUCGGAGAAGCUGUUCCGCACGGUCCUGGAGAUGCAGCCCAAAGAGACGGACUCAGGCGCCGGCACCGGGGUGUCCCGCGAGGAGAAGGUGAAGGCUGUGCUGGACGAGAUCCUGGAGAAGAUCCCGGAGUCGUUCAACAUGGCCGAGAUCAUGGCGAAGGCGGCCGAGAAGACGCCCUAUGUGGUGGUGGCCUUCCAGGAGUGCGAGCGCAUGAACAUCCUGACCAACGAGAUGCGCCGCUCGCUCAAGGAGCUCAACUUGGGGCUGAAGGGGGAACUGACCAUCACGACAGACAUGGAGGAUCUGUCCACGGCGCUCUUCUACGACACGGUGCCCGAAACGUGGAUGGCCCGGGCCUACCCGUCCAUGAUGGGCCUGGCAGCCUGGUACACGGACCUGUUGCUCCGCAUCAGGGAGCUGGAGGCCUGGACCACGGACUUCGCCCUGCCCACCACCGUGUGGCUGGCCGGCUUCUUCAACCCCCAGUCCUUCCUCACGGCCAUCAUGCAGUCCAUGGCCAGGAAGAACGAGUGGCCGCUGGACAAGAUGUGCCUCUCGGUGGAGGUGACCAAGAAGAACCGAGAGGACGUGACCGCGCCCCCGCGAGAGGGCUCCUACGUGUACGGGCUCUUCAUGGAAGGUAGGAGGGCGCCGUCCGGGCCCCAGACCGGGGUCAUCGCCGAGGCGCGGCUGAAGGAGCUGACGCCGGCCAUGCCCGUCAUCUUCAUCAAGGCCAUCCCUGUGGACCGCAUGGAGACCAAGAACAUCUAUGAGUGUCCCGUGUACAAAACACGCAUGCGCGGCCCCACCUACGUCUGGACCUUCAACCUGAAGACCAAAGAGAAGGCGUCCAAGUGGGUGCUGGCGGCCGUGGCGCUGCUCCUGCAGGUCUAGCCCCUCCCCGGCCAGGCCUGACCAGCAUCGCCCUGGGACUAGCGUGGACUUACAGGAACUGAGGGCCGCUGUCUGUCAACACGGUCAGGGCCCGUGAGCGCGU